AUGUCGACUUUCAUUCCGUUCAAAAUGCCUAAACUACAGUUGCUGAACGAGUAUGUUACUGAACCACAAACAGCGGUUGCUAGAGAGAUCUCCGUAGCCAAAGACACAACAGAGUUGCAUGAAGAAAUCUCCCGUUUGAAUGAAGAAAUCUCCCGUUUGAAGGAGGAGAACGGCCGUCUACGAAAGUGGUUUGAUUUGGUUUUGAAACCAGAGAUAAAGUUACACAGAGCAGGUUUGUAUUGACCAGUUACUGUAAUUAGCUAGCCAAAUAUCUCACACGGAGUUGAACGCAGACUAAAGUUUUUUUUAAUGAACCUCCAACUCUCGAGUCUCUGUUAAGUCGAUACUUCAAAAUGUAAAUUCUAAAACUAGGGACGUCAAACAUUGAGGCUGCACAGACUCUAUGGAGGCUAGUCUAGAUCGCCGAGUGAGAAAUAGAUGUAAUUGUUGGUGAGUGGGCAACAUAUACAAUCAUCUUAAAUUGACAUGUUGAAUUAUUAUUCCAGUUUGUGUUACUACCUUAUGUCUAAAGUAAUUAUGACUGACAGGGUUUUAGACCUAUCAUAUGAAGUCACCGUCUCUUUUUUUUUCUUCCGCCAUUUAGUAGUGGGUGGAUUAUUACACAAUUGUGCCUCAGUGAUCAGUAG